GAGCCGCCCGGUGGGAUGGAGCGCCCGCUGCUCCCGCUGCUGCUGCUGCUCCCGCUGCUGCGCUCCAGCCCGGACAGCCCCGACGGGGCGCGCUGGGCUGGGCGGCCCGCGCCGGCCGACGAGCUGCAGGCGGCCGGGGCGGAGGCGUACGCCCGCGGGGACUGGGCCGCCGUCAUCCUGCAGAUGGAGCGGGCGCUGCGGGCGCGGGCGGCGCACCGGGAGCGCCUGGCCGACUGCCGCCUGCGCUGCGCCGCCAACCACUCCGCCGCCGAGCCCGCGCGGGAGCCGCGCCGCCCGCUGGCCGACCUCCGCUUCUUCCGGCGGCUGCUGCGCCGCGCCGCCUGCCUCCGCCGCUGCCUGCCCGACGGGCCGUCCCGCUACCAGCUGGGCGAGGAGGCCGAGCUGGAGUUCCGCAAGCGCAGCCCCUACAACUACCUGCAAGUGGCUUACUUCAAGAUCAACAAGCUCAGCAAGGCUGUGGCAGCCGCAUACACCUUCUUCUCGGCCAAUCCGGACCACGUGGAGAUGAAGCAAAACCUGGGUUAUUACCAGAUGAUGGCUGGUGUCAAAGACUCUGAUUUCGUCGAUCUGGAGGCAAAGCCCCACCUGCAAGAUUUCCACCAGGGUGUGAGUUACUACACGGAGGAGAACCCUCAGGCGGCCAUUUUGUACCUGGAGAAGGCGCUGGAAAAAUACUGGGCGGCCGACGCGGAGUGCCGGGCCCUCUGCGAAGAGCCGUACAAUUACGAAGGUUACAACUACUUGGAAUACAAUGCUGAUUUCUACCAAGCCUUUAUCGAUCAUUACACCCAAGUGCUGAGCUGCAGGCAAGGCUGUGUGAAUGAGGUUGCACUGGAGGCCGGCCAGGAGAAACCCAUUGAGGAUUUCCUCCCGUCUCACUUCAACUACCUUCAGUUUGCAUAUUACAACAGUGGCAACUACGAAAAGGCAAUUGAGUGCGCCAAAACCUAUCUACUCUUUUUCCCAAACGACGAGGUGAUGAAGCAGAACAUGGCCUAUUACACCGCCGUGCUCGGGGAGCACCUGGCCAAGCUCAUUGGCCCCAGAGAGGCAAUCCAGAUUUAUCACCGGCGCAGUCUGCUGGAGAAGGGGUUGCUCUUUUUUGCAUAUGACGUCUUUGGAAUCCCUUUCAUCGAUCCGGACACGUGGACCCCGGAGGAAGUGAUUCCAAGGAGGCUUCAGGAAAAGCAAAAGGUGGAACGCGAGACGGCGGCUCGGAUCUCGGAGGAGAUUGGCAAUCUCAUGAAGGAGAUCGAGACCCUGGUGGAGGAGAAGACAAAGGAGUCCUCCGACAUGAACAAAUUUGUACGGGAAGGGGGUCCUUUGGUAUAUGAUGGGCUCAGCGUCACCAUGAACUCCAAGCUGCUGAACGGGUCCCAGCGCGUGGUGGUGGACGGGGUCCUUUCUGAAGAGGAGUGCCAGGCGUUGCAGAGGCUCACCAACGCAGCUGCUUCCGCUGGGGACGGUUAUCGGGGCAAAACCUCGCCCCAUACGCCCAGUGAGACCUUUUACGGUGUGACCGUCUAUAAAGCCCUCAAGCUGGGGCAGGAAGGCAGAGUCCCCGUGCAGAGCGCAUACCUCUAUUACAACGCCACGGAGAAAGUCCGCCGGAUGAUGGAGUCCUACUUUCGCCUUGAGGUGCCUCUGCAUUUCUCCUAUUCCCACCUGGUGUGCCGGACAGCCGUAGAAGAUAAGCAGGAGGACCGGACCGAUCCCAGCCACCCGGUGCAUGUGGACAACUGCAUCCUCAACGCUGAGGCCAUGGUGUGCGUCAAGGAGCCCCCUGCGUACACCUUUCGGGACUACAGUGCCAUCCUCUAUUUAAACGGCGAUUUUGAAGGAGGAGCAUUUUAUUUUACCGAGCUGGAUGCCACAACAGUGACAGCUGAAGUGCAACCCCAGUGUGGCCGGACGGUGGGUUUCUCUGCUGGAUCAGAAAAUCCUCACGGCGUGAAAGCCGUAACGAAGGGCCAGCGCUGCGCCAUUGCCUUGUGGUUUACUCUGGACCCCCGCCACAGCGAACGGGAGAGAAUCCAGGCCGAUGACCUGGUUCGGAUGCUGUUCAAAACGGAAGAAACGGAAUUGCCCCCCGAGAUGGGGCCGAGCCCAGAACAGCCCGAACCCCCUGCAAAAGAUGCGGCUGGAGACAAAGAUGAACUAUAGCCCUGAACAUCUGGCCCGCACAGCUGGUGCAAACAGCAGGGAUUUGGGUGCACCGAAAAACGGGGUGCAGAUUUUGGGUCAGGAGCCAGGGAGCAGACUGGUUAUAAACUGCCCAGAAUAUAAUGUUGCCCCCCAAAUGCAGGAGAUAUCGGGGUACAGGUAGUCCUCACUUAACGACCACAAUACUGGGAAGCUGUUAUUAAGUGGUGCAGUUGUUAAGCGAGUCACCUCGUGACCGGGCCCGAUUUUACGACCAUUUUUACAAUGGUCAUUAAGCAACUCCAGCUUCCCCAAUGGACUUUUUUGCCAGAAAUCGGCAAGAAAGGUUGCAAAUUGUGUUCACGUGGCCACAGGCCGCUUCAACGGGUCGUAAAUGCGAGCCGGCUGCCAAGUGCCUGAAUUGCAAUCACAUGAUUGUAGGGGUGGCGUGACAGUUUGCGACAGUCCUGUCAGUGCAGGUCAUAAAGCACUUUUUCCGAGGCUGUUGUGACUUUGGACUGUCAUUAAAUGAACGGUUGUUAAGUGAUGACUACCUGUACAGCCUUUCCCCAUGCCUUGAAUGAUCAUGCUCUCAAAAGGUGGACCGCACAUGAUCUCAGUCCUGUUGUUGUUACUGCUGCCUUAUGGGUGGAACAGCAAAGUGGGCAGAAAAUGCCAACUUUUACUUCUGGACGCCACGAGUUCGAAUCCCAGUCAGCCAAAUGGCUUAUUUGGGAAGCCAUGGGUUCGCUCACUGUCUCUUGGCCUCCCUUGCAGGGCUGUUGUGCCAACAAAGGUGGAAUGCCACCCACAUUCACUGCCAGCAAGAUCCGGGGGGAGGGCCUGAUUCAAACAUACCAAAUCAAUUGGAGGGGAGACCACUGGGUGACUCCCGGGCGGUGCAUCAAGAAGACUUUUGCUAAAUAAAACCACACACCGGCAUAAAGA